AAAUAAACGUCCUCAUUUCCCAACAAAUUAAUGUCCAAUGGAGAGUUGGGAGAAGACUUGUUUGACUUGCUUGAGAUGCUGUGUGGGUGAAAGAAGACGGUUGUUGGAUCAACACCAACACCCCUUCUAUAAAACCAUCAACUGGGGCAUAUAUAGCAAUAUUAAUCCAAAAUAAGAAAGAAUGGAGUGGUGUUCCAUUAAUACUUGUAGGGUGUUGGUGGUUUCAGUGGUAUUGUUAUCAUAUAACAUGCUCUUGAUCUCAUCACCUCCUGCUGCUGCUGCUACAACUGACGCACAGGUGGAGGCUGAGGCCGAGGCUCUCCGCAACUCCACUUGGUGGUGGUACAUGGAAAACACUACUUCUCAUCAUUGCACAUGGGACGGCAUCACCUGCAACAGGGAGGGACAUGUUAUUCAGAUUACCUAUUCAUAUAUCGAUGGUACAAUGGUUGAGCUUAGCCAGUUGAAGUUUUCUUCAUUUCCCAGCCUCCUCCAUCUCAACGUUAGCCAUUCUUCCAUCUAUGGUCCCAUCCCAGAUGAGAUAGGUAUGCUUACAAAACUCACUUACCUCCGUAUAUCUGAAUGUGAUGUUUAUGGUGAGCUACCUGUUUCACUGGGUAACCUCACUCUAUUAGAGGAAUUGGAUUUGAGUUAUAACUAUGACCUCUUUGGUGCCAUCCCUUCCUCUCUUGGAAGUUUAACCAACCUGGAAUACUUAUCCCUCAAUUUCAAUCGAAUCAACGCUCCCAUCCCUUCUGAAAUUGGGAAUUUAAAGAAUCUGAUUCAUUUGGAUUUGGGUUCUAACUCUCUUUCCAGUGUCCUUCCUUACUUAUCCCUUAAUUUCAAUCGAAUCAACGAUCCCAUCCCUUCUGAAAUUGGGAAUUUAAAGAAUCUGAUUCAUUUGGAUUUGAGUUAUAACUCUCUUUCCAGUGUCAUUUCUUCCUCUCUUGGAAAUUUAACCAACCUGGAAUACUUGGACCUUAGUUUCAAUUCAAUCAACUGUUCCAUCCCUUUUGAAAUUGGGAAUUUAAAGAAUCUGGUUGCUUUGAAUUUGAGUUCUAACUCUCUUUCCAGUGUCAUUCCUUCCUUUCUGGGAAAUUUAACCAACCUGGAAUACUUGGACCUUAGUUUCAAUUCAAUCAACGGUUCCAUCCCUUUUGAAAUUGGGAAUUUAAGGAAUGUGGUUGCUUUGAAUUUGAGUUCUAACUCUCUUUCCAGUGUCAUUCCUUCCUCUCUUGGAAAUUUAACCAACCUGGAAUACUUGGACCUUAGUUUCAAUUCAAUCAACGGUUCCAUCCCUUUUGAAAUUGGGAAUUUAAGGAAUGUGGUUGCUUUGAAUUUGAGUUAUAACUCUCUUUCCAGUGUCAUUCCUUCCUCUCUUGGAAAUUUAACCAACCUGGAAUACUUGGACCUUAGUUUCAAUUCAAUCAACGGUUCCAUCCCUUUUGAAAUUGGGAAUUUAAGGAAUGUGGUUGCUUUGAAUUUGAGUUCUAACUCUCUUUCCAGUGUCAUUCCUUCCUUUCUUGGAAAUUUAACCAACCUGGAAUACUUGGACCUUAGUUUCAAUUCAAUCAACGGUUCCAUCCCUUCUGAAAUUGGGAAUUUAAAGAAUCUGGCCGCUUUGAAUUUGAGUUCUAACUAUCUUUCCAGUGUCAUUCCUUCCUCUCUUGGAAAUUUAACCAAUCUGGUUACAUUGUCCCUCACUUUGAACUCCCUUGUUGGUGCUAUUCCUUCAUCUGUGGGCAACCUCAUUAAUUUAACUGAGUUCAAUAUUUGUGGAAAUCAAAUCAGGGGUUGCAUCCCUUUCGAGAUAGGGAACUUGAAGAAUAUGGCUAGCUUAGACCUUAGCGAUAAUUUGAUCAAUGUAAAGAUACCUUCCCAGCUCCAAAACUUGGAGAGCUUAGAAAACUUGAAUCUUUCCCACAAUAAACUCUCAGGUCACAUUCCUACUCUUCCAAAAUAUGGGUGGUUAUCAAUUGAUUUGUCAUACAAUGAUUUGGAGGGUCAUAUACCCAUUGAAUUACAACUUGAACAUUCACCGGAGGUGUUUAGCUACAACAAAGGUUUAUGUGGUGAAAUAAAAGGUUGGCCACAUUGCAAAAGAGGACAUAAAACUAUGCUCAUCACUACUAUUGCUAUAUCUACCAUCUUGUUUCUUCUUUUUGCGGUGUUUGGGUUUCUCUUGCUUUCGCGGAAGAUGAGACAAAAUCAAACCAAGACACCAUUGAAAAAAAAUGAAAAAAAUGGAGAUAUAUUUUCAAUAUGGAACUAUGAUGGAAAGAUUGCUUACGAAGACAUCAUUGAAGCAACAGAAGACUUUGAUAUCAAAUACUGCAUAGGUACUGGAGGCUAUGGCACUGUUUACAAGGCUCAAUUGCCUACAGGCAAUGUGGUAGCCUUGAAAAAGCUUCAUGGAUGGGAAAGAGAUGAGGCAACAUACUUUAAAAGUUUUCAAAAUGAGGUGCAGGUUUUGUCAAAAAUACAACAUCGGAAUAUCAUAAAACUUCAUGGCUAUUGUUUGCACAAAAGAUGCAUGUUUUUGAUUUACAAGUACAUGGAAAGAGGAAGCUUAUUCGGUGUAUUGAGCAAUGAAGUCGAAGCUUUGGAAUUGGAUUGGAUUAAAAGGGUGAAUGUGGUCAAAAGCAUAGUCCAUGCCUUAUGCUAUAUGCAUCAUGACUAUACUCUGCCCAUUAUUCAUAGGGACAUAUCAAGCAGCAAUAUUCUUUUGGACUCUAAAUUGGACGCUUUUCUAUCGGAUUUUGGUACUGCUAGACUGCUGCAUCAUGAUUCAUCCAAUCAAACUGUUCUUGCAGGCACUUAUGGUUACAUAGCGCCAGAGCUUGCCUACACUAUGGUUGUGACGGAAAAAUGUGAUGUUUAUAGCUUUGGAGUGGUGGCGCUUGAGACAAUGAUGGGAAAGCAUCCAAGAGAACUUUUCACCUUAUUGUCUUCCUCAUCAGCUCAAAGCAUAAUGCUCACUGAUAUAUUAGAUUCACGUCUCCCAUCUCCUCAAGAUCAACAAGUUGCUAGAGAUGUAGUUCUUGUGGUCUGGUUGGCACUCAAAUGCAUACAUUCUAAUCCGAGAUCUCGUCCAACAAUGCAACUCAUCUCAUCGAGGCUUCUUACUCAAUUACCAUUUCUUGAAACUUUUCAUGGGAUUUCACUUUGGCUAUUGAAUACUCAAGAAAUAUAAUUAGGGGUUUUCUUCAUCAAAUAUGGCAAUUGAAUUUGGUGAUAUCUUUCCACUUUCUGUGCUGGUUUUGUGAGCUUGAGAAUAAUACCGUUUCUAGUUCUCUUCCCAUAUCUUGGGAAAAAGACUUGCACGAAUAUUGUAUUAAUUCCUAUUUUCUAUGAAAGAUAUUCAUUUUUGCAUGGUUUA